GAAUUAAUAUGGUUUAUAUUAAGUCCUGGACGUGUCUCGGCUUAUUUAUGACCACUUUUAUGUCCAUUGCUGCACUACUUAGUACCCAGCCUGCAAAGAAAAGUCCGUGCUGAGAGAUAGUAUUGGGCAACGCUCUCCAGAAUAGUGCAGGCAAUCAAUUAUUAGCUAGCACAAUUAUGAUGAGAAGCGUUUUUGUCUAUUUUGAGAGUGGCUCACACUCGAAGAUGUGAUCUGGUCAGUUAGGGCUACCAGAAGUGUGGUGGGUUUUGUACAUCCCCAAAGAAUUGUAUGUAAUAACUCUUCGAAACACAUUUGAAAACUGCAAUACAGUCGUUUUAGGAAUGCGAUUUUACAAGUCAAGCUACAAUGCAAUUGUUUCUUGGAAGCGACAAGUUAAAAGGUUCUUGCACAAACUAUAGUAAAGCUAAAGCUUGUCCAUGUUACCACAUUCAAGAACUGCAAUACCUGCUCUUAAUUCACCCAGGAAAUUUCUAUGUACGUAUACAAAUGUUUGUUUUAAUUUAGGAAGAAGCAAAAGUAAAUCGAAAGCGUGUAUUAAAUUUCACUGCCGAUGAAAAGGCUAUAUUAGGGCAACUAAUAAAGAAGCGGCCUAUUAUAGAAUCGAAGCAUACGGAUGGAAAAUCAAUUUUGAGAAAGAAAGAAGCUUGGGAUUUGCUUACGAAUGAGUUCAAUUCAAAUUCGAAUGUCUACAAGGUAAAAUUAUAUGCGUUUUAAGGCGGGUUGUAUGGAACGAAUGGAACAGAUUCGGAUUCUAGAUAAAUUUCUAAGAAAAAAUUCCAUUAGAGCAUAGCUCUGGAUUUCGAGCCCGCCAAACUUGAAAAAGCUAUCUUCAAUUAAUGCUACGUUAAGACAUAAGUAAGUAUUAAAAAUAUGACCUUCAUAACACUCCCGCUAAUAUUAAGUGUAGACAUUAACUUAGUAUUAAUUAAAGAUAGGUUAUUUUAAAAUUUUGGGGGGCUCAAAAUUUGGAGCUAUAAUGGAAUUUUUUCUUUGGUAUUUAAUGUAGAAUACGAAUGUGCUAGGAACGAUGUCGAAAAAAUACCCGACCUAAUGCAUUUAUUCAAUUUAUUAUACGCCUUAAGGUAGCGUCAAACAGAUGCGGUAAAAAAUUUUACGAUAUGCGAUCAAUACAAACCACUGCGGUAUAGCACCGCAGUGUGUCGUAUCUCACCUGUUUGAGAGCGUUUGCUUUUUAUCGUUAUCGCAAAAAAUACGAUAUCGUAUCGCACCGGUAUUAUCGCAUCUGCUUGAGGCCACCUUUAGUAUUUCGUGUUUCCAUAUUGUUUAUUUCAGCGUGAGACGGUUACAUUAAGGAGGGCGUGGGAAAAUAUGAAGGCAGUCGCACGAAAGGCUCGGGCAGUAGAAAGGGGUAAUUUAUUUCGAACGGGCGGUGGGCCACCGGUGCCAUCAACAUCACGGCAAGUAGAAGCAAUAGUGGACAUGGUGGAAGAGGCUGCUCCCGCAAUGAUUUGCGAAAUCUCCAACAACUUUGACAGCGAUGGGGCAAUUUUGCUAAACAUGGAAAAUAGCCAAUCUAGCUCCAUUGAGUUUUUAGAUAUGAUCACGGAAGCAAAUGAGGAAUCCGACGUAAACUUCAAAGCCAUAAGCAUAAAUUAUGAAGGUGAACCAAAUGUUGCAGUACACAGUAAUGAAACUGGCCACCAACAAAAAGUGGAAAAGGAGCAAGUACGCAGACCAAGCGACUACGUUCGGCGGGAGGCAGCAUUACGGGUAAGGUACCUAGAGAAGAGAGAGAAGCUUAAGCUUGAAUUAGUCAAAACACAGUUGGAAGUUGAGCAAAUAAAAAAAAGAGCAGCCUUGUUGGAAGAGCAAAAAAACCAAGUAUUACUACAAAAGGCUAAAAUAGAUUUUGAAGAGGCAAAAAAAAAUCGUUCAAUAAAUUAAA